GAAAUAAAGUUUUAGUGCCGUUUUGGCAGCCUUGUGGAAAGACAAGCUUCAGGUGCCCGUUAGCCAACCGCGUCCGAGAAUUUUAAACAUUUGACCAGGAGUUUAAAGGAUUCAAACCCAACUCUCUCACCACUCACGCUAUCUUUCGAAUAACAGUCAUAGUCUCUACAGACUGUGUUCGUACGAGUAACCACUUCAACAAAAAUCAACAAAAAUCAUCAUGAAUCGAGGCGGUGGAGGUGGCCGAAAGGUCCUUCUUCCCCCAAUCAACUUCAUUUUCAAGCUGCUCCAACAGCAUACGCCUGUGUCUAUUUGGUUAUACGAGCAAUUGGGAAUCAGAAUCGAAGGAAAGAUCAGGGGUUUCGACGAAUUCAUGAACUUGGUGCUCGAUGAUGCAGUGGAGGUCAGGCAAGCUACAAAGGACAAAGAAGAGAGUCGCAGGGCGCUGGGACAAAUUCUCUUGAAGGGUGAUAAUGUUUCGUUAAUCCAGAGCGCAAGUGGAUAAGAGGUUAUGGGAAGGCGUACAUUCAGAAUGGGUUGUUAUGAGAACAAAAAGUACUGUAGGACCUGGACCAUGAGUUUUAGGGGAGUUCUUCGGUCAUCUGGCUUUCUAUCGAGUUGUUUAUAUUGAGGUGGAUCUAUUCUCUGGACACAAGACCAUCUUUAAUCUCACCAUCUCCCAACAAAAGUCCGUGGAGAAGACUAUCAUGCUCUCCUACUGGCACUGAGAUUUCUGCUCCAGAGUUCAAGAAUUGCUCCUCAAGAGCCAAACCAUAGAGCAAUACAUUUGUUCCUGGAUUCGCUGGAUCUGUCA